AUGAAUCCUUCAUUAUUUUUGAAAUUCUUCUUCUUGCUACAUAUUGUUUUUUUCUUUGGCUUUCUUGGUGCAAGUGAGCCUCAAUUAACACUUGAUUACUAUGCAUCAACUUGUCCUACUGUGUUUGAUAUUGUUAGGAAGGAAAUGGAAUGUUCAAUUCUUUCUAAUCCCCGUAGCGCAGCUUUCAUUCUCCGGCUUCACUUCCAUGACUGCUUUAUUCAGGGGUGCGAUGGAUCGAUCUUGCUCGACGAUACAAUCACGCUCAAAGGUGAAAAGAAAGCCGCUGCGAACAUCCACUCUUUAAAAGGCUUUGGAAUUAUAGAUCAAAUCAAGAACUUUGUUGAAUCUGAGUGCCCUGGAAUUGUUUCUUGUGCUGAUAUUCUCACAAUUGCAGCUAGAGAUGCCGUGAUUCUGGUUGGUGGACCAUACUGGGAUGUUCCUGUUGGAAGAAAAGAUUCUGUGACUGCAAGUUUUGAUCUUACUAACACCAAUCUUCCAACUUCGGAUGAGAGCCUUGUAUCUAUCAUUCCCAAGUUUCUUUAUCAAGGCCUAUCAGUUACAGAUAUGGUUGCCCUUGUAGGAUCACACACCAUUGGUAUGGCAAGGUGUCAGAAUUUUCGAUCAAGAAUAUACGGAGACUACGAAUCAACUUCAGCAAAAAAUCCAAUCUCGGAUAAUCAGCUCAACAACCUUAAAUCUGUCUGUCCACCAAUUGGAGGAGGGUAUAAUAACAAAACAGCAAUGGACUAUGCUACGCCUAAUCUCUUCGACAAUUCUUUUUACCAGUUGCUAUUAAAAGGCGAGGGAGUUCUUAACUCUGAUCAAGAAAUGUAUUCGAGUGUGUUUGGAAUCGAAACAAGAGAGCUUGUCAAGAAGUAUGCAGCAGACCCUUUGGCUUUCUUCCAGCAAUUCUCUGAUUCAAUGGUCAAAAUGGGAAAUAUCACUAAUUCAGAAAGCUUCAUAACCGGAGAAGUUAGGAAAAACUGCAGAUUUGUGAACACAUAA